CAGCCCGCGCCCACUCCACGUCUUCGAGCAGUCACACACCAGACUUCUGUGAUGCUUGGUGGCCAGGCUGGGGGGUGGGGGUGGGGGGCCCUGGGCCUAGGACACACUGGAAUAUUCACAACCCAGUGGCGGCAGAGGCAGCCGUAGGAGUGGCCCACCACACAAGGAACCUCUCGGAAUGAAGCAGCCUUUCAGGGCCAGAGGGGCUGCAGUCUCCCCUCUCUCCUUAAAUAGCCAGCCUUCCAGCGGCACGGAGCCCACCGCCAGCGCCACCACCCACUGACCACAGCCCACCUGCCGCCCCGCAGUCCUCCUGCCCUUGUGCCUGCACCCAGCUGUGAGAGGUGAACACAGGAGCUGCCUUCAGUAGUCCCCAAGGUGAUGCUGAGCUAAGAAGCUUCUCGGGUUCCAUCCAGCUCUGGAACCCAUCUGCUUGUUUCCUCCAGGCUCGUCCCCCAGCUCUGCUUCCGGCUGAAGCAUGAAUGGCAUAGAGGUGGCUUCCUCGGGUCUGACUGCUAACUCCUCCCUGGCCACCGCACAGCAAUGCGGCCAGGAGACGCCACUGGAGAACAUCCUCUUUGCCUCCUUCUACCUCCUGGACUUCAUCCUGGCUUUUGUUGGCAAUGCCCUGGCCCUGUGGCUUUUCAUCCGGGACCACAAGUCAGGCACCCCUGCCAACGUAUUCUUGAUGCACCUGGCUGUGGCCGACCUGUCCUGCGUGCUGGUCCUGCCCACCCGCCUCGUCUACCACUUCUCUGGGAACCACUGGCCGUUUGGGGAAAUCCCGUGCCGACUCACCGGCUUCCUCUUCUACCUCAACAUGUAUGCCAGCAUCUACUUCCUCACUUGCAUCAGCGCUGACCGCUUCCUGGCCAUCGUGCACCCUGUCAAGUCCCUCAAGCUCCGCAGGCCCCUCUACGCACACCUGGCCUGUGCCUUCCUCUGGGUGGUGGUGGCCGUGGCCAUGGCCCCACUGCUGGUGAGCCCACAGACGGUGCAGACAAACCACACGGUCAUCUGCCUGCAGCUGUACCGGGAGAAGGCCUCCCACCACGCCCUUGUGUCCCUGGCCGUGGCCUUCACCUUCCCGUUCGUCACCACCGUCACCUGUUACUUGCUGAUCAUCCGCAGCCUGCGGCAGGGCCCCCGUGUGGAAAAGCGCCUCAAGAACAAGGCGGUCCGCAUGAUCGCCGUGGUGCUCACCAUCUUCCUGGUGUGCUUCGUACCCUACCACGUCCACCGCGCUGUCUACGUGCUGCACUACCACGGCGGCGGCACCUCGUGCGCCACCCAGCGCAUCCUGGCCCUGGGAAACCGCAUCACCUCCUGCCUCACCAGCCUCAACGGGGCGCUGGACCCAGUCAUGUACUUCUUUGUGGCCGAGAAGUUCCGCGACGCCCUGUGCAACCUGAUCUGUGGCAAAAGGCUCUCAGGUCCACCCCCCAGCUUUGAAGGGAAAACCAACGAGAGCUCGCUGAGCGCCAGGUCGGAGCUGUGAGCCCCAGGACGGGACGACAGGAGGGGACCGACGCCAGCCUUGGGCCCACCCCCGCCGCACUGCCACAGACUGUCCUCAGAGGGACUCCUCCGCCGGGGCACCUGCGACCCAGACUGGUGGAGUGUGCCUUCUUCCCGGCACGUCCCUGUCGCCCUCUCCAAGGACAGAACUCAGUACCCAGCAACCGGCUCCGGCUCCGUCUGCUCUGAUGCGCAAGUCCCUAAAACCGGACCCCCCUUGAUGGGCCCAAUCAGCCACCCCGUCUGCAGAGACUUUGCUGGCACUGCUCACUCGCACUUACUAGAUAUUCAGUGACUUCAUCGCGUGGGGGUGGGAGGGGAGGAGGCCGGGGAACAGCUCCUGAACAAUGAGCAUCUUUCUUUCCCAAGGGCUGCUUGCUAGACUCCCAAUGUCCUUCCUGCCACAAAGAACACACAGCAGCAAAGCUCUGCAGAAAGAACCCCAGGAGGCAGCUGCGAAUGACUCAAGAGAAGGCGGAGCAGGAAUCUUGGUGGAGGGGUAAGGACUUUGAGUUCCCUGGGUGGCGCCUUUGCCAGACACCCCCUAAGUUUAGGGGUCAUGGACUCUAACUCCUAGCUGAGUAUUGUAAGCACCUGGCCACCAGGUGACAUCCAACAAUGCGGUCUCUGGGCACGUCACCCUGGUUCUGGGUUCCGGAUCCCUCCCGCGGUGAGCCCACACGGGCCUGCAUGUAGCCCGACAAUCUCUGGAGCUGCCUAAUCCCUGCUGAUUUGGUGGUGCACACAGCACGGUGGACAGAUAUGGGGAGCCAGGCUCCAUCACUGCCUCAGAACACCUCCAGCAGGGAGUCAUGCCUGGCAUGUGACCCUGUCUCCCACUAGCCCAGGCCAGCAGGGGCAUCCUGAGCCCUGCCCCCUCUCAGGAGGCUUGACCAGCCACAGGGGGCCAACCUUUGAGCUGUUCUACUCCCUGGCAUGGCACCUACCACCCUGGCAGGUCCCUUUUGGCACUUGAUCAUACUGAUCAUAACCAUAACUGUACUGUGAUGCUGAAGGUUUUCGUGAGUGGGUAACAUAACCACCUUCCCAGACCUCCUCCCCUGCACCCAAGAAUGGCAAAGCAGAAGUGAAGACAGGAGAAGCCAGGCAGCACAGGCUUUUGCCUCUGGUUCUGACGGCCCCCCAUGCAGGCUGGCCCCACGUGGACACUAAGUCCUGUAUCACAGGCCUCAGAGGGCUGGCCCAGGCCAGGGGGUCUGAGCAGGGCCGCACUUUCAUUACUUUACUUCUCAAGUGCUUCCAGCCGCUCCCAGGACAGAGGGCUCAGUGUGAGCUGUAGCUCAGAAGGAGAGAGGGCUUGCUCGGGCCCACACCCUGCAGGUGACCUCCAAUUGGCACGGGACUCCUGUGACACCAUCUGCCCCCCCAGCCCGCCCGUAGACAAUGAUACAGGCACCUCCUGCCCAGUCACCUGCAGAUACCCAGAGCAACAGCAGUCAACAUGGAGCAGGCAGGUGGGUGAGAUCGCUAUAGGCAGUGGUCAGAGCACGGGAUACAGUGGCAGAGAACAGAGGGGUGAAAAGGUAGGAGAGGCCGGGGAGUCAGACAGACGGGUAGGGUGGGUGGUGAUCUUCAUCAGCACAGGGAGACUGGUAGUCAGCAGAAGAGAAACCAGUUUGUUUGGGGCCUGUUGUUGCCUUGGGAUGCCCAGUGGACACCAAGCAGACAUGGUACACAGGCAGCUGAAGACCCCAGGGAGAGGUAUACAUGGGGUGGAGGCAUGUCCACCCCAUCCGGAUUGUCCAGCACAUGCCUGCCAGCCAGGGCUCUGGGACUUCGGACAGACAUGAGGGCCAUGUACUGAACCCCAAAUCAGAGAGAAGAGGGCCCAGCACAGCCACGAGGCAGGAGGAAACCACGAGAACACAGGGUCCUGGGCACCGGGGCAGGAGGCACUCCAGCCAGAAGUGAGAGCUGCCGUGAAGCCUGCUGAGAGGUCAAGAGAGGACCAGCAGGCCCCUGCGGGUCUGGAGGGCAAGAGGAAUGACCAGCCUGGCAGUGGGGAGGAUGUGAGAGGAGGGUGCUGGAACAAGCUGCAGAGAACCACAGUGGGAGGGAGCACAGCUCUGGGAGAAAGAGGCAGACUGAAGCAGAGAGCCCUGCCAGAGAGGAGGGUGGGGAGCCACGGGACGUUGGGAGGAGCAGGACAGGGCCUCCAUGAUGCACUGUGACUGAGGCAGGGGCAGUGCCAGUGCAGGGAGCAGGGAAAGUCAUUGUGGGGGGAGGCCCUUGCUCUGGGAGGGUAGGAGGUAUAGAGAUGGUACUGGGAGAUAAGAGCCAGUCUUCCUAGAAGCCAGGAAAUUAGCCUACCAAGGAAACUGACCAUGAGGUGCCCUGAAUUGAAGAGUCAACUUGGGCCCCCUGGUUCAAUCAUUUCAGCGAGAUUUAGCCCUGGGCACGCGGAAGGAGGUGGGUAGUGGGGUCAGUGGCGUGUGGUGGCCAGGCAGCAGUGAUGAUCCACCCACUGCAUCUCAUGGCUCCUGCUCCGGCCACCUUCCUCCUGGCUGCCUGUUGUCCAUCUGCUCCUGGGAGCACCCUCAGGCCUGAGGCAGGUGCUGACUGGUCACCUCCUGCUCUCUCCAGCCCUGGCUCUCACCUGUAAAGCAGGGGUCUCCUCUGCUUUGCAGGGACCCAGCAUGUGGCACAUACCACAUGGGCCUGGUGCUCACUGAGCAGUGCCUGGGUGAGGACCCUCCUCCCACCCAGAACCUGCCCA